AUGUCGGACCCUAGCAACGAAGACGAUCAACAGCACACCAGACGAAAGAGAUAUGAGAGAAAACAGCACAGACUGUUGCGAAAAGGGAUCGCAAUGAAUAACAAAGCAAUUGCUGAUCUUUCAUUUGGUUCCAAGCAGCAAGCGCCAUACGAGGCGCUGAAGAAGAGCUUCCAAAUACUGCGAAGAGCUGCGACUAAGACUGGUGGCCUUGAUAGAGCAACAUGUGAUGCAGCCAACGUCUGUCACGAUGCUUUUCCACUUCACUUUGCCAGAGAGCAGUCCUUCCAAGAUGGCUACAUCUAUAACAGUCUGCUGUCUAUUGACGAAGAGCAGCUCCCAUCGAACCGAAGGUUUGCCGGUGAUCUAUGCUUUUCUAUCAUCGUAUUCAAUCUGGCAUUGAUCAAUCACAACGAGAGCUUAACUAACAUGAAGAGCAAUAAUGAACAUGGCGCAUUGGCCAGCAACCUGUACAAUCAUGCGAUUGGUGUUCUUGGCCACAUGGAAAACAGAGGGACGACAGCACUUGUCAGGAUAGCAGCACUAAACAACUUGACGCAACUGAGAUUUCAGGUUGGGAAUUAUUCCCUUGCAAGGGAGAGUUUGCAGCAUCUUGCCCUGAUCGUGUCAGCUGGUUCCUUAGAAAAAGACCAACGGGCGAAGCGACCAGUAAUCGAUGAAGAAGCUAAAAAGGGAAUGAUCAUGAAUAUCUUGUCUCUCAGUAAUCAACAUGUCGCAGCUGCCGCUUGA